UACUUCAAACUACAGUAUAGCAACUGACCCAAUAGAACAUCUCCGUUUUUUUAUCAAAACGAUGCCUUGGAAGAAGGUUAUAUGUGGCAAAUCAGCUACCUCGAGAUCUCUUACUGGUCUGUUGCGGAAAAUGUGGUCAAUGUAUCUAGGCAAUGGUAAUAUCUCAAUCUAGCGCGUUGGUAUCACCGGAGCUUAUUUCAGACUGUGUAUCACGCUGGAAUGCUGCUUGAUCCUACAGAUGUCCUGGGAAAACAGACAAGCCCAGGGAAAAUCCAAAAGGAAAAACAUGCAACCUUUUAAUCCAUGGAGACAUGGCAUAUAGGUUCCUCACUAGCCGAGUUGUGCCAUCUUCAAACAGGCUAACGAGAAGAUUUCUUUUUAUAUUCACGCUGUCUUUGUCCUUCUCGUAUUUAUGCUACAGCCUCAUAUUCUGCUCUGAUACCAUCAUGCAAAACCAGAGUGUUGAGCAGCACAGGUGCCUGCUUUUCCAGAAUGUCGGGAGCAAAAAACUUCUGCAAAAAUCGCAUUAUUGCACUUUGCCUGUGGAUGCGAAAGGAAUCCGGGAUGCCACUUCUAAUAUGGGUCUUACUCGCCAUGGAACAAAUCUAGCUUACAACCAAAGUAAAAACUUUGCAGCGUUCCUUAGCACCCCGCGGAGUAUCAGUGCACACGACCGGAGGUCGAAUAACAACACUGGCGCUCCAAAAUUUGGGAACAAAAAGUUGCCAAAUGCCAUCAUUGUUGGCGUAAAGAAAGGGGGUACUAGAGCUGUGCUGGAGUUCAUCAGGAUCCACCCGGAUGUGAGGGCAGUUGGCACAGAGCCGCAUUUCUUUGACAGAAAUUAUGACAAAGGUUUGGACUGGUACAGAGGCCUGAUGCCGCGGACUCUAGAUAGCCAGAUCACUAUGGAGAAGACGCCAAGCUACUUUGUGACACGAGAGGCACCCAAACGCAUCUCAAUCAUGUCUCGUGACACCAAGCUGAUAGUUGUAGUGCGCAACCCUGUCACGAGAGCCAUCUCUGACUACACACAGACCCUGUCCAAGAAACCCGAUAUCCCCACCUUUGAAGCACUGGCCUUCCGGAACAGGAGCCUUGGCCAGGUGGACACAUCCUGGAAUGCCAUCCGGAUUGGAAUGUACGUGCUCCACCUGGAGAACUGGCUACAGUACUUCCCGCUUUCACAGAUACAUUUUGUGAGCGGCGAGCGGCUUAUCACAGAUCCCGCAGGGGAGCUGGGCAGGGUGCAGGACUUCUUGGGCCUCAAGCGCAUUGUCACGGACAAGCACUUCUACUUUAACAAAACAAAAGGCUUCCCCUGCCUGAAGAAGCCAGAGAGCAGCAGUCUGCCUCGCUGUCUGGGGAAGUCUAAGGGAAGAACUCAUGUACAGAUUGACCAGGAAGUCAUUGAGCAGCUCAGAGAAUUCUACAGGCCUUAUAAUAUCAAAUUCUAUGAAAUAGUGGGACAGGACUUCAGGUGGGAUUAGAAGAGGGAACAGAGGAACUUCUCACUACACAUCACAGACAGCUAGAGCUUAAGUCUUCCCUCGAUUAUCAGCCACACUGAUGUACUUAUUUCUUCACAUGCAUGAGUGUCAGUCUAUCAGUGGUCAUCGACACACCAUCACAAUGCAGAUGUGUAUUGUAAGCGCUUGGGUCAAUGUCCUCUGCCCAAAAAACAACAGACCAAAUGUUCUUCAGAUUGUCGAAAAUCAGUUGAUGAGAUGCACUUUGGCUGUUUUAUGGGUGAAUGUUUGAGUCAUCUAGAAAGCAGAGGUAUUUCAAAGUAUGUCAGUCACAUUGUGAAGCCUAUGGCUUUAUUUAUUUAAUGCCAUUAAAGAUUGAUGUUGUAUUCAAAGAGUAAGGUGGGAUCUACCCAAAUGUUCAAGCACCAGUUCAGGUCAUUUGACAUUGUAAUUUAUGCACAUGAUGUAACAGCAAAAGACUUGGAUUAUCUAGAAAAACUGCUGCUUAAUCAUUAUUGUUUUUUAUAUACAUUCUAUUUGUUUACCAAGGCCUACUGCUGUCACAUCAGUUCCAGAGCAGUAGAACACAUUCAUCAUUCUACCAGCUGGAUCAUUUAUCAAAGGCCUGCCAUAUGUACAAAUUUACAACCUAAUCUAUUAUAAAUCAAUAAAACUAUACUGGUACUGUAUGGCAAGGUGUGUUGAAAUAAUGACCUUUAUUUCCCAAGGGAUGCAAAGAAACUAGUAUAGCCAGGAAAUAAUGAUGUAUGCUUAAAAACAUGUCUUCAGGCUUAUUGUAUUGUAACAAUAUUUUGUCCUGUGAAUAAAGCACAGAUUUACUUUAACAAACAUGAAAA